AUAGGUUAUAAUUAUUAAAAAUGAAGCUAAUUCUAUUGGCAAUCUUGAUCGCUUUUUCAUUCGCUAAUCAGAUGACACGCGAAGACGGAAAGUUCGUCUUCGAAACCGACUCAAGCCCAGAGUCCCCAAUUGGAUUCACCAUGAAGGGUAAAUUGAACCCAGAAAGUGAAGAAGAUUCCAGUGUUCAGACUUUCUUCAGACUUGCCGAACAACUGAUUCCUCUUGCCCAAUCCAGCUUGAGCGACGAGAACAAAUCCAGCAACUUGCAAUUCUAUAGAAGAUGGUGCUUCAUUGGAGGUGGACUUGGUGAUGCCAUCACUGUCUGCGCUUACGCCAAUGCUGAAUUGUGGAUCGGAUGGGAAGUUGAUCACGACGGAGGACUUGGUCUCUACAAUGUUACUUACACACCAUUCUCUUAUCUCAGAGGAGGAGUUAAUGUAUCUGCUUCAUCAUACCCAGCUGAGGUUUCCUAUGGAGGAUAUCUCUCCGCUUAUGACAUCAGAGUUCCAAUCAAUUUGUUGCUUUCAGAUACCCAAAUCUGCUGGAGUGGAGAUUUCCACCUCUUCGCUACCUCUGCCUUCACUGCCAUCAACACCAACCUCUUGCAAUGCCAGAGAUCCAUUCCAGACUGGACCCCAUGGGACUGCGACAGAGUACAUGGAGUAGAAUUCCAACAUCUCUACUUCCCAAUUUUGGACAGCAUCUUCAUUGACUUGUUGCCAUUUGAUUGUUUGACCUUUUAAGUUUGUUC